GCAGUCUCAAGUCUCGUCCCUCAGUUUCCUUUAUGACCUCUUGUCAGUUACAAAGCGCCUUUCGCGAUGCCGAAGGUUCUGUUUUAUCUCCUGUUGGUGGCGGUAUUAGUUUCCACACCUGGGAACGCCCUCGGAGACACAAACCAUUGUAGCGCACCCGCUGAGCACGACUUAGAUAAAGGAGAUGUCACUGAGAUCCUCAAUGUAAAGCAGAACUCAUCAAAUAAACCAAGCAUCACUUAUGUAAAACCUAAGGAGGAUUUUGAGGGUGUCACCGUGAAGGUUCAAGAAGGCAAGAAGAGCGAGGACGCGUGGUUUGCUGCAGAUGGGACGUGCCUCCCAGCUAACGGCUCGUGGUGGAAGUUUAAUGUGGGAGUCACUCUAAAUUCAGAAAAUAAACUAUUCUUCAGAUUGUACUGUGGAAAAUGCAAAUGGUCGUGUUCCAACAGUAACCCUCACAUAACGAGCAUAGAGACCAUCCUGGUGUAUGCUCACGGCCCAUCCAGUUGGAACACAACAUUAAAAAACUGUACGGCACUCGAAAGCGAUUAUCCUGAAAGUUCCAACAACCCUUGCGAAAAACCACCUACCCAGUUCCUGCUAUGGGUGGUGGCGGGAGUGGUGGCGGUGGGGCUGGUGGUGGUGAUAGCGGUGGUGGUGGUGGUGGUGGUGGUCUCAGGCAUCAAUGUCGUUCAGUUGCAUCACAUUUCCAACGCAAAUACAAGAGCCAGCGAGCCUGAGGUGCAGGAAACACGCAACAGCCUGUACGAGCCUCUGAGCGCCUUCCAGAAUGCUGCUGCUCCUCGUCCAACAUGAGGCGCUACACGUCAGUCAGAACAACUUCUGCGAGUCCUUGGAUGAAUACCAGCAGAAUCGCGCUUUUGAUGCCCAGUAAGUUACGCGAAAUGACAGUGCUCCCUACCUAUCUUCCGCCGAGUGCAAUAAAACACAUACACACACACACACACACUCAGACACGCGCUGCCGCCUGACGCGCCUCGCCCGGUCCGUGCCACCAGACACCACAACAAGAUAACGCCCAUAAAGGCGUCGCGCUCGGACCGGUACAGACUCAGCGCGAUUCCCACCAUGGUGUGAGCCAUCAAAUGAUAGUACUUCCCUUCUAGAUUAGACUUAGCCUUAGGAUAAAAUUAAUGUCAAGUAUUUCCCCAUCCCCUCUGUACAUUUUCAAUUUGUUAACUGCCUGAAGAAUAAACCGUUUAUUAUUAUUAUUGUUAUUAUGACAUAAUUUCGAAGCACCACUGACUUUGUGUGUGUGUGUGUGUGUGUGUGUGUGUGUGUGUGUGUGUGUGAUGGCGUUUUCCCAGUUAUCUUACAUGACGUGUUUCCUUUUGUACUUCUAACAGAGCAGUGCCUCCCACACACACUCCUUUCCAUUUUAUUGUGUUUAUAUACGUAAAAUCAUAUAUUUCUAUAGUUUAUAUCCUAGCACAGUGUUAUCCUGUGUUACUGAGAGAGAAAGAAAUAAAAAUAUUGAUGUAUUAAUUUAAGUGUGUUGGUAAGUUUUGUCUGUUACCUUUCUUUUUCUGUUUUGCCUUAUAUGUAAUUGAUUUCCUCCAUGAUUUUAAAAAUAAUGUAAGCUUAUAAUGUAUGUGAUGUGUUUUAUAAAGUCUUCUUGGGCUACA